AGUAUACAGAAAAUAAAUGUAGUUGAAGCGAGAAAUGGAAAUAGGGGAUAAUGUAUCGUGAGUGUGAGCGGAAAGAGGGGAAUACAAGACAAAAGAUACGCAUAGAGAGAGAAAGAGGUAAAAGCGAGAGAAAAUGUGAUUGAGUGCGCGGGUGAACUAUGGAAAAAAGGCGGGGGGAGGGGGGGGAUAAAGCCAUUGGGAGACGAUAUAUAUGUAUGUAUACAGAGUGGUUGUAUGGAACAGAAGGGGUACAUGACACGGAUGAAUGAAGAUAGCGAUGCGCUUCGACACUGUUUCACGAAGAUUCUCCCAAAUUACGAUAAAGCAGUGAUUACAACUUUUACGAUGCUUGAGUUUACUUGAUAUCAUGUCUAUUUUCGCGGAAUUUUUUAACAAUCUUCGCUGAUAGAUCAAAGAACGUACAUCAUGUAUACCAACAAAAGAUAUCGUUUGAAAAGCAUUCAGUGAAUUAUUAUAUUCGACUCAAAAGUUCCCUCCCUAAUAGCACUGGAGCGAACGGUUACCUUUUUUCCUUCCCUGUUCAAAUUUCGCCUUCGAGCACAUAUAUAUGUAAAGUGCACAUAUAUCAUUUAAAUAGCGAUUAAGGAUUUGAUUCAGGUUCGACCUGUUGAUUCUGCGGAAAACGCUUGUCGUUAUGCGAGGCAUGCACGUUUAGUAAUUUACCUGAUGUUAUCAAAUCGGAAUAUACAUACUAUAGCCAACGUGUAAGCACACGAUGUUAUACGUUCAAAGUGGAUUCAACCACAAGAUACGCUCAGGGUGCGCUCUGUUGAAUGAACAAAAAUGUAUACUCUAAUUAAACGUUAAACGAUCCUAAUUGAUUCACUUUAUCUGACCUAGGAUCAUCUAAUCGAUUAAAUUGAUCGUUAUAAUACGAAAAGAAAUAUUUUAUAAUAUUAAAUAUAUUGUCGUUAUAAUAUUUUUAUCAGUUUUUAAUAAUCUCAUUCUUUAUUUAUGGGUUUAUGCUUUCAAUUUUAUAAUAAAUUUUCCAAUGAUUUCUUUUAUGAACAGGAAUUUAAAACAUUUAUGACAACUCUUUUAAUAGUAAUUAAUUAAAUCGCUACAAGGAAACAUUUUAUUGCAAAUGUUGUUAUUAUGAUAUUUUUGUAAAUUUUAACGAUUUUAUCCAAAUUUUCUUAUAGUAUCACAGUUUCAAUUCUACAAUUAAACUUCUCAAUGACUUCUUUCAUAAAUAUGAAUAUAUAAAGUAUUUAUGGGUACUGUUUUUGGCGUGAAAGUUUACACGAAAUCGUAAAAUCGAUAAGUUGCACAUUACGGCUCGUUCGAUCGUUUCCAUAUUAUCGUCCACGACAAGCACGAGUAUUUUUGAGUAAAUAAAACCUUUAUAUUUGCAUAACUGUUAACCGGUAUAAAAUGAAACUCGUAAAAUGCCAAAUUCGUGGAAAGAAAUUUCACAUAGUUGUACGUAACUUUAUGGUACGAUGCAUUGCACUUUAUAUACGGUGUAUUUUCGAAUAAAUAUAACAUAAAACAGUUUGUAAACGGCGUGGAGCAACUGAGCCUGAGAUACAGAAUAUUCCUUCAUUGUUUUCCAAUUUAUGAUCUCAUCCUGCCAUAUUUAUACCAAUAUUAAAGUACGAAGAAGAGAUAUAAAAAUUAAGAAGGUACACUCAGAAUGAUUCUUCUGAAAUUCAAGGUUACAAGAAAACUGGAGAUUAUUUAAAGAUCAAAAUCAAAAUUCUUCUAUUGAUUUAGAACACAUGCUUGAAUUUUAUACAUCCGGUGUUUAAAUAAAAUCGUGACAAUUCAAUUUACUGAAAGUAUAAAUGGAGUUACUGCAACAAUUUUUUCAGUACCGUAAUGUUACAGUAUGUAAAUAUCUGACAUAUAAAAAUUUACUUUUAACACUGAUAUAAAUUGUAAACAUGCGAAAUGUGGGUCAAUAAGAUAUUCUGAAUAUUAAGAUAUAACAUUUUAGUAAUUUUUUUGUUUUUCAUUAAUGUUUAAUUUUUAAAGAUAGUUCAGGGGACAAUAAAAUCCACGAUUUAUUAAUAUUUUUAAACGAAACCAAAUUAAUGGAUAAAUUAAUUUCAUUUGCAUUUUUUAUUUGUUGAUUUUUGCAUUGACUAAAUAGCGAUCACAAUCAAAUUAGAUGAGUUAGUACAAUUGUUGAUUCUUCGUACAUAGUAUAUUUUAGUAAUUAUCGUACGAAUAUCGCAAAUCUCAUGAUUACAUAAAAAAAUAUGGUCAUUUCAAAUAAAUAUAAAAUAAUCCCAACCAAAAAAUAUAAAAGAAAUCUCACGAUUCAUAUUAAAAAAAAAAUAUACUUCAACAUUCGAAAUAAUUAGCUACAUAUAUAUUACACAAGACGGAAGUAUCAUGCUGCUUAUACCUAAUUCGCUAAUAUAUCGAAACUUGGAGAAUAUCGAUCUCGUCAUUCGGCAAAAUGCCAUUAUCUAGUUAUGCGAUUUUUUAAUUACUUGAAGCGGCGUUUAUUUAAUUUAUUCGAAUAAGUUGAAAUUCGCGUUUAUGUAAUCAGACUUAUGUUCCUCUUCAUCACAAGAAGAACAACGAACAUCUUUUUAAUCUUCUAGAUUAUCGAAUAGUUUCAUGUGUAGAGCCUUUUGCUACGUCGGUUCGAGACGGAAAUAUAAAAGCACAUUUAAGAAUUAGAUGAUAGUUUGUACGUAGGAGUGAAAAUGCACGAUAGAGAACGCGAAGAAUCCGUUCAAUUUCUCGUUGCUCACUUUGAAUGUCGAUGCGAAUACUCACGGCAGUGAACCGGUUACUUAUCGUUUGUGAAACAUUGCCACGAAGAAAAUUCAUAUUUCUGUGUGGAUCAUACGUGUUGCCGUGUUACUACGGGACUAAAGCAUAGACGAUGAAAGUUUAUUAGAAUAAAUUCGUGCAUACAAGAUUCAUUGCUGGACGACAUCUAUAUGAAUCCUGAUGAAUGAGCCUUUGUGGAAGCUAUGAAGCAUUAGGCACACCCCACUGGCGAAGGCACACCCCUACGUUUAAGAUAUUGGAGUACUACAAUACAUGCAGCUUGUAAACUUUUAGAAUGAACGCGACGACGAUCUAUACAGGUGCAACGAGCACUCUGGCUGGAAUUAUUGGCAUCGAGUCGGAAAUAAGAAUGGAUAAAGCGGAAAACUCCUUAGACAGUGACCUUGACAUUUCUCCGGUCACUCUAUCCUCCGCAUGGUCCAGAGUGGCGAGACUUCUUUUGUUAGCAUCAAUGGCUGUCGGCGGCAGUGUCGGUAACGUUUUCAUGAUCUCUGCGGUGGUGGUAGAAGAUCAACUUAAGAAACGAGGAAAUGCGUUUCUAGUGAACGUUGCAUUGGCAGAUCUAUUAGUAACAGGCCUUGUAAUACCGGUAUCAGUGAUUGUGAUCCUGGCAGGACAUGAAGAGUCAUUAAGCACAUGCCGAUUUGAAUGUACUCUCGAGGCACUUUGCUUUCUCGUGACGGUGUUGACGUUGGCCACUAUAGCUGCAGAAAAUUAUACUCGUUUGUGUUUACCACCCGAAAGGUAUGCCGUAUUGACAUCAAGCCGUGUAACAGCGACCAUCAUCAGCGUCUGGCUGAUAUCUGUAAUGACGGUAGUUCUGCAAUCAUCGUUGGACGUAGGACCGGACUUCUGCCGUCGCCGAUUCAGUGGGAUAGCCAUGGAACAAAUAAUCGGGGCUACGGUUUUAGUAGGUUUGCCAACUUUAAUGACCACCUUCCUGUACGUAAAGCUGGUGAUUCGAGUCCGACACGCUACCAGGGGUUCCUAUAAGCCACCGGUCGCUUUCUCCUGGGACUACGAACUGACCAAGGCAAACAUGUACAGCUGCGUGAUGUUCGUGAUAUUCUGGCUACCGUUCGGUAUCGUUGUCUGCGUUAACUCCUUCCGACCGAUAAGCGCUCGUGUUCUUUACAAUUUGGCCUGGUUUGCUCUCUCGAAAUCCUGUUUCAACAAUUUACUCUACUGUGUGGCAGACCGGCAUUUUCGCAGCGCUUACGUCAAGCUUUUCCAUUACUGCUGUUGCAAGACUACGGUGAGUUUCUCAAGGAGAACACGAGGGGAUGGUGGCCGAAGUGCCAGCGAUGUACGCCUCAGGGUUCACAUUAUCCAUUCCUAUGCUAGUCCGGGUACCUGUCGCCCACCUGCGGGUAGACCUAACGGACGUGACGUUUAUGAGCUCUAAAUUUCAACAUCGCGCAUCAUGAUCGGAAUAUUUGGAACAACCUGUGUCCUCGUCGAUACAAUUGAUCGCCGUCCAAUAGAAAACAUUUUUCGAUUUCUGCUCCUGAUCGAGAUGCUUCCAAUUACUGCGAUGGUUUAAGUUGCCCUUUGGUUGUACUGUUGAGAAUUAGUACGUCGAACGCGUGUACUUUAUUUAUGUAAUUUAUUCGUGUUGAUUGUUUUAAUGCGCUUUGAUACAAAUUGUUAAGUGAGGAGGACUGUUUUACGAACUUUGAAUUGGUACAGUAGAACCUUUGUUAUUUAAAUUUAAAAGACAAGAAGACGAAUUCUUCUCUGUUCGGAGAAGAAAAUGUUCACAUGUACGUGUUAUACUAUAAAAGAAUAAUAACAAUAAAGAUUGAACGUGUAAAUAUAUGUUCAAUAUAUGGCAUUUUUGACUGGAAAAUUGAUGAAUUUGGUAUAAUCUGGUACUUUUGACGAUUAAUCUAUACAUUUCUCGUGAAUAUUUUUUAUGUUAUACAUUUUAUGGGAUUAUAUCAACCUUAUUGCAGAUUAAAGGAUAGGAAAACGUCCACUUAAUAUCUUUGGCAACUAAUUUAUAUAAAGUUUUUAACAUUCUCGCGUGUUCCAUUAUGAUAAGAUAUUCAUAUUCAGAUUACAUCAACUGGUUAGUCUUAUAUAUAAUAUCAAUAAUUAAUUUCGUUAAUAUUAAUCACUAUCUUCAAGUGUACUUUUAAUAUUUCGAGCUUUAAUCGUUAAAAUUCGUUGAUUAAAACACGUUUUCACCAGCAUUAUGUAUGCAUAUGCUACAAUUAAUAUCAAAAUUUGGAUAUCAGAGGUUCUACUGUAUGAAUACUUGUAACAGUGCUAUUAUCCAUCCUCUUAUAAUGUUCGAAUAUCGAUGUUUUACAAUCUUCGUUAAAUGAUUCUCGAAUACCUGCCGUAAUUGUUCAACAAUUGCUAUUACCUCAUUUUACGUUAUUGUUUUAACGUGUAAUUAUUCCUAUUACGUCUGUUUCAUAUUUAUUUAUAGCUAUACGAUAGGUACAUAUAGAGUGUAACUGCAAUGACGUUAUUAUAAAGAUAUUGAGAUGAUUUCUCUUACAAAAAUAAAUCGAAAACGUAGUUUGAAGUUCUUUAUCUUUAGCUUGGUUUUCCUAAGAUACUGAUUCGUCCAACAUGGUCGAUGAAAUAGAAGCAAAAAUUGCAUUUAGAAAAAAGAAUAAUAUUGGGAAUUCUGCUCUCGAAUAAAUUAAUAAAUGAAUAAAAUAUCUAAAAAUGUAUCUUAUGUGAAUUACUAUCUUUCUCUAUAUACUACGUAUAUAUAUAGAUGUAUACAUCAUGCCGAUAUAAAUCUGUUACGAAUUAUAGACGAAGUACGAUGUACUAUUUCUGUUUUGUAAUUUCUAUUAACGUUCCUAAUAUCUAUAAACACAGAAACAAUUUAUCAAUUCUCAAACGAGUACAUUCUUAUUUAACGAUUUUUUAAAAUCAAUGUUCUCGGAAAGAAAAUACUAUAGGACAAAAUUUCAUUCUACAUGUUUUCGAUUUACUUUUUGCAGAAAGAAUUAUCUCAUAAUCGAUUAUUCCAUCAUUGCCGCUACAUUUUAUAUAAUCGGAUGACGAAGUCUACAGUUUCACAGAAACAAAUCUGUUUCUCCAUCUUUAGCAACAAAUGUUAACACCAAAGUAAUAUGGCUACUAUCACUAUCUAGGCACUAACAGAGAUCUUUGUAUAUUUUAAGUUUCUGCUUUCUACAUAUCAUCCUUCGGCUAAACUUUGUCAGUAUAUUCUGUGGAUACACAGGGUGGUUGGUAACUGCUGGUACAAGCGGAAAGAGGGGAUUCUACGCGAAAAAAGAAGUCGAAAAUAUAGAAUAAAAGUUUUCUUUUUUCUUUUUUUUUAAUUUUUCCAUCUCCCAUUUGUAUCGGAAAUUAAAAUGUACGUGUUGCUUUAAUUAUUUCAAUCAUCGGUUUAUUAUCGGGUUAUUUGCAUCAUAAAUAGUAUAGCUGAUUUGUAACACAAAGAAGGAUUGUUUAUAGUAAAUAAGAAAGUCUAUGGAUUUAUUCACUUGACGAUCGAAAGAAAAACAACAUGUGUGUUUAUCUUCUUUUUUUUCAAGAGGUGCAAUUUUAAAAUUCGAUACAUUACCAAUUAAUCUGUGUACUAUCAAAAUUAUUCUUUCAUUUGAUUUUACAAUGAAAUAUAGAUUUUCGUCAAAUAUCGUUUGUACAUUUUAAAAAUAUUUAUCAUAUCAUUAGUUACACCUUUGGUUUUUUCUAAAACUGUAUAAAAUGUAUCGCGUAUUUUAUAUAUACAGGGUGGUUAGUAACUGGAGGUACAAGCGGAAGGGGGGUGAUUCUACGCGAAAAAAUAAGUAAAAAAUGUAGAAUAAAAAUUUUUCGUUUGAGGCUUUGUUUUCGAGAAAAUCGACUUUGAAUUUUCGUUCGGUACGUGUGCACUCACUGUAGAUCGUUGUCUCGAUGGAAGAAUUAAAAAAAAAAAAUUGUAUUCUAUAUUGUCGACUUCCUUUUUCGCGUAGAACCACUCCCUUUCCGCUUGUACCACCAGUUACCAACCACCCUGUAUGUAAAUAAAGUUAAAACUGGUAGAGAUAAAUUUAAUUUUGCUAUUCUUCGAAGUGCAUUUCGAUACUGUUUCUUCUACUACAGAAAAGUUAUCGAUAUUCUUCCUGACAGUGUGUAAACACAAUUCAAUCGUAAAUUAAUUGUUACAAAAAGUAUAUGUUAUUAGUAACUUUUUGAACAGAAUUUAAAUUUGCGUCCAUAAGGUGCUGAUAUAUAAUUACAAUUAAUUUGAAAAUUUCGCAAAAUUCAUAUACUAUUAUAUAGCUAUCAUAAAUCUACCAAAGCGCUUGGAUAACACGAUAUAAUAAUAUAAACAGCAGUAUACAUUCACUUAUUCAUACAUGUAGUAUAUAUUUAUUUUUAUACGUUAUCUGUAAUUUGUGUAUUGUUACAUCUUUACGAUUUUCAUAAAUUUCAUAAACAUUCAGUUAUGACUUAACGAUAGAGCUUCAAACGACCUAAUUAUAUCUAUAACAUUUUUCUCUUAUUUGUAUUCAUGGAAUAUAUUGACAAAUUUUGUUUGAAAAAAUCUGCAACACUUUGUGUAAAUAUUGCCCAAUCGUUGACAGAAAUCGGGCAAAAGGGCAGUAGAAGAGCGCUAUGUCUGAUAACGGCAUUGAAAGAAUAUAAAUAAAAAAUUACUACUGACACUGAAACAGGCAAUCGGGCCGUCCAUUGGAAAUUUUUUCCCGUUGUCACUCUGAUACUAAGGGAAUGUUUCCAUCUUUCGUCUAUAUUCUUCCAGUUGUGUUCUUCCAAGGACUGUCUGUUUGGACGAAACGUUCAUCGUGAUUGUUUCUUAAACGAUAAUUAUCGUGACCUGUCACAACCUCCUUCGUAUACACUUAUAUCAAUUCAUUCGUGAAAGAGAAUCUCUAUAUUAAUAUAAACACAAAAGGUUUUUAAUUUUUUACAUGAACUUACAACAUAGAAUAUCUAUUUUUUUUACGUGAUGCAUUUUAUAUUCUGUUAGCGUAACUUCCUUCCAUUCUUGGACCCCUUUGCACAAUGAUUUACUGAUUAACGAUAUUAGUGAAUUGAUAAGCGACAAGAUUUACGUUACGGACAUGUUUCUCUUAAUUAUACAAUUUUGUUAAUUAUGAAAUAUGAAUCAAAUGUAUACUUUCAUACAUAGAAUAAUCGAAUGAUUUACCAUUCGUAAAAUUGACUUGUAAAAUUUAUGGGCUAGAUUUCUUUUUUAUAAUUUUACAAUUUCACUAAUUCUCGCAUAUAAAAAUAAAAAUAACGAAAUAAAAUAAUCGGAUGAAUUGUAAUUUGUACAAUUUUAUUAUAAUUUAUUUUACCUAAUUUUCUUUUUUAUCAAAUUUUGAUCGAUCACGUAAAACCAUUGAUAAUUUAAAACUUGUACCGUGUAAAAUUUCACUAAUGAUACUAAUCCAAGAUGAUUGUGCAAAAGGGCGAAUGUUCGUGCGUAAGGAUUGAGAUUCGACAGAUUUAGCGCUAUAUAAAAUGCUAUUCCAUGAUACAAAGGAUUCGUUACUUCCAACGAGACUGUGUUAAUGCUAAACUAUAAUAUCCUGUUUUUGAGAACAAUACAUUGAACUAAAAUAGGAAUAUAGCCAACAACAAAAGUUGCAAGAAAAUAAAUACUUCUCUAUUAUCUUAUAUUUUUUAACAUUAGAACUACCGAAUCCGCCAGAAUGGCGCAUUCCAAUAUUUUUAUUCUUACAAUUACUAAAACUAUAGAAUUGUUCUUAACUAAAUUAAUGUUGACUUUUAUUAAAAUGAAAACAUGAUUUCAUACAUCCAUUUAUUUUCAUUAUGUAACUGUUAUUAAAAUCAUCUAUGUUAUCU